CUGUCAUUCGCUUUCCGUUCGUCUGCUCGCGAAUCGCCGAUUCUCCCACACAAAAACUCGUCGCAGCACAUCGCGGUGUUUUCGUUUUCCAUUCCGAUACUGUCCAGAGUGAAGAGAAGUGAGAAGUUUGAUUUUCCUUCGCCGGAUUUUGUACUUGAACUUCCGCCGGUUUGCAAACAGAAUCGUAAAGAAGCAGUAUGGCUCUCCGUUUGUUCCGCCUCAGCCAGGAUGUGGUAACUCCAAUCAUCAAACGCGGAUGUGCGGCGUCCGCAUUCGAGCUGCAACAUAAGAACCCACUGCAGCGCAAGGUCGAAAAGAUCCCCAAGGCCCACUAUGGAGGACGGCACACGGUCACGAUGCUUCCGGGCGGUGGCAUCGGUCCGGAACUGAUGAACUACGUCAAGGAGGUGUUCCGGUUUGCCGGAGUGCCGGUUGAUUUCGAAGUGGUGGACAUUGACCCGGCCAGCGAGGGUAACGAUGACCUGGAGUAUGCCAUCACCUCGAUCAAGCGAAAUGGCGUCGCCCUGAAGGGAAACAUCGAAACCAAAUCGGAAGCCACCGGGAUCAUUUCCCGUAAUGUGGCCCUCCGAAACGAGCUGGACUUGUAUGUGAAUGUGUUGCACUGCAAGUCGUUCAACGCGAUUCCCGCCCAUCACCAGAAUGUGGACGUGGUGAUCAUUCGGCAGAACACCGAGGGCGAGUAUGCCAUGUUGGAGCACGAGAGCGUGAGGGGAGUGGUCGAGAGCAUGAAGGUGGUCACGGUGGAGAACGCGGCUCGGGUGGCACGGUAUGCGUUUGAGUUUGCCCGGGCCAACAACCGGAAGAAGGUGACCACCAUCCACAAGGCCAACAUCAUGAAGCUGGCCGAUGGGCUGUUCCUGAGCGUCGCCCGGGAGGUUGCCAAGGACUAUCCAGACAUCCAGCACAAUGAUAUGAUCAUCGAUAACUGCUGCAUGCAGCUGGUGUCCAAUCCGCACCAGUUCGAUGUGAUGAACACCACUAACCUGUACGGCAGUAUUACUUCGAAUGUGUUGUGUGGAUUGGUUGGCGGUGCGGGGCUAUUCUCGGGAAGGAACUACGGUGAUCAUUUCGCCGUCUUCGAGCCCGGCACCCGUAACACCGGUACGGCCAUCGCCGGCAAGAACAUUGCCAACCCGAUCGCCAUGCUGAACGCAGCCGUGGACAUGCUGUACCACCUGGGACACAACUACCACGCCGACUGCAUCUCCGAUGCCAUCCACAAGACAAUCGAUGUCGAUGGUGUCCACACUCCAGAUUUGGGUGGACAAAACACCAGCACGGAGGUGGUCCAGAACGUCCUGCAGCACCUGGCCGAGAAGAGAACCUACUGAUUACGUUAAGCGAGGUAGAAUGCUCGCUCUUGUCCGCGCCAAGUGCACUUGAGUCUGUUUUUGUUUUAUUUAUAUUACGUUGCUAGGACUUCAUGAAAAAAUGAAAAGAAAGAAAAAAAAACUCCGGCACCCUCUCUCCUUUCUCUUCCCGCAACCGAAACGCGCUCCGGGUGCAGAGCAAAACAACUAGCUACCGUAUUUACCAUUGCGCUUCGCUCGCUUCGGCGUUGCGAGUUUGUUCGGGAAAAAGUUUUGUGCCUCCAUCAAAACACAAAACAGAAGAAGCGAAAAAAAACUACAAUGCAUAAAAUAUGUCGCCGUCCACCGUCGACCGUUGGAAAAUCUGCACAAGCAAAGUGCAAAGCAAGGAAGCGAAGCAAAAUUUCAUAAAUAAAUCAUCGCACCGGGAAAUCAGAAAAUCGGAAAAUCACAACCCACCGCCCUCUGCCAUCGAAGUAAGCUUUGCCGCAUGGCGAACGCACAGCUGGUUGUCAGGGAAACCCAAGAUGGAUGGCGGUGGUGAUUGCCCAGUGUCGUCGGUUUGAGGUAAUCUUGCGACGUAAAUUGGCUCCACUUGAAAUUUUUAGAGUCGAUUUCCCAGAGAUUUCUGGCGAGAUCUGGCGAUCUUUGCGUUUGUGCGAGAGGUGCAAGUAUUGUUUUUGGCAUCGAAUCUUUUGCAAAAAGUUAAGGAAAUACGUUUCAAGUACUUAAUCAUCCAGUCGGUAGAGAUAGUCAAUAAAUUUAAGAGGAUUAUCA